UAUUAUUAUUUUGGCGUAGAGGGUGCAUCAUCUAUCUUCCCUUGCACUUUCUCCUCCCAACUUCUACCAGGUUUCUAUACCAAUCCUUUUACUUUUCCCAUGAAAGUAUUUUUAAUAGAGCUACUUUAUUUAUUUAUUUUGGCCCAGAUUUCUCGUUUGCCCAUUAGUGUUCUAAGUAGCUUCUGCACGAUUUGCCGUUGGGAGAAAAAGCACAUGUUGGAAUACAGUGGGCCAAACUCCCAGAGCACAUAAACAUGCUGAACUUCUAGGUGGUGAUGCAGAGGGAGUUAAUUGAAUUGGAGAUGUUGCAAUGAUGUAUGAAGAGUUCAUUUUAUAACUGAGCUAGAAUGAUCUCUAGUACUAUGGUGUCAAUUCACUUCUUAAUUGCAUGCUAUUGACCAAAAAAAUCAAUUCACUUUUCAUAGAGCAGCCAAAUUAAAUAUUUUCAAUAGUCUUCUAUGAUGAACUAAGUCUAUGAUCUAAAUUUCACAUAUUUAAGGUAACUAGAAAAAUAUCUUCCUUUUUUGCAAUAUAUGAAAUAGAAUUUAUCAAUAUGCCCCCAAACAAACCCCUAAACAUCCCCCUCCAUCCCACAAACCUAAACACUCAGAGAACAAGUGUGAAAGAGGUGCUAUAGUCUCAAAAAUGAGUCCCUGUGUGUGUGUGUGUGUGUGUGUGUGUGAAAAGACCAUUAGAGAAGCUAUAACAUGCUUUUUGAACCAGUAGAAAGUAGAUCUAUAAAGUUGGCUUAGAACACAUGGGUCUUAAAUAGUAUAUUAGCAAGUGGAUUAUAAUGACAAAAUCCCCAAAUGCCUGCCUCACAUGUGAAAUCUUUUAUAUGAUGUUGUAUUAAGACUUCUUUUUUCUGUCAUAUUGUUUAGCCCUAGGAAAAAAAAAGAAAACAAAGCAAUUAAAAAGAUUGACAGGUAUGGUUUGUGUGAGACCUAUUUGUAAUUGUCAGGGUGACGUUGGCAAGAGGAGGAGGAGUAAAAACUGAAGCAGGAAAAGCAGCUCGAUGUGUCUGUCUAUCAGUUGAGACUGUCUGAAAGCUCUGGGAUCUGAAUGUGUGUUAUAUUUCACUGAAAAGAGAAGAGAGGGAGAGUGGAUCUCUUUCUCUCCCAGGAGUUUAAAGGGGGGGGGGAACAGUUCAUGUUCAUCUCUCCCACCUAGUGAAUGUCUUCUCUUCGCACCCCUCCCCCCUUUUUGCACACACUUUCCCGACUAAGUGCUGGGAGGAAAAGGAGAGACUGGAUCGACCUCAGUUGUUGCACGAAGAAAAAGCUAUUAUCCGCGCAAUAAAAACAAAUCCACGACCCCUCAACCUAUAGAGGGGAAGAAAAAAAGGGGGAGCGGGAGAGAAAGUUGCGCUUUGAGACUCUUUGAUCUUGGAGAAAGGCUUGAGGGGGGAGUGCCUGAAUUGACCAUCUCGUCGCUGUUGUUUUCUCAAGCUCUACCAAGAAGUGAUUAAAGCAAGAGAGGAAGAAGAAAAAGGAUGGAUCCAUGCUGCAAUUCGAACUGAUCUAUGCGCGCUGCUUUAAAAAAAUACUAUUAUUGUUGUUGUUGCUGAGGAUGGUUUUUCCUGUCUGAAAAUUAUCUCCAACUGCACCUUUCUCUUGCCCGCCGGCGAGAGACACAAGACGAAAGCUGCUUCUGGAUUAAAAAAAAAAUACAUAUAUAUAUAAAUAGGAACUUAUGAGGAGGGCGAGAAGAAACCUCUGUAAAUGAAAACAUUUCCUAAGCAAGUUUUUGGAGUGGUGGCGGCGGCGGAAACAGGCAGCGGCGUGCGGUGUGCCUCCCCCCCACCCCACCUCCACGGCCCCCCUCCGCACCCCGCUCGGUACCGCAGGGAGCUGACCGGGGGGGAGACACCAGCCAAACAGAAGAAAAUACCACCCAGCCAAACCACCAAACUUUUGUUCCCCCCCCUCCUCUUCCUCCUCCUCCUCCUCCUCCUCCUCCACCUCCUCCUGCUCCUGCUCCUGCUGCUGCUGCUGCUGCUGCUGCUGCUAAGCACAACUAGGAGUUGCAUUCUCUUCCCCCCACCCUUCAGUUUUAUAUUCCUCUCCCCCCUUCCCCCCUCCCCCCACGUUUUCCUCCCUAUGUGUAUGUGUUUUGUUUCUUCUGCAUGAAAAGAGUGGGAUUGGAGACGUCCUGCGGAAACUCUCCAGCGGCAGCGGCGGCGGCGGCGGCGGCGGUAGCGGCGGCGGCGGUGGCGGCGGCGGCGGCGGCGGCAUUGGUGGCAGCCUCAACAGCAUGCCGAGGAGAAAGCAGCAAGCACCCCGGCGCUCCGCAGCUUAUGUUCCUGAGGAAGAACUGAAGGCAGCAGAAAUUGAUGAAGAAAGUGUAGAGGAUGAUGGGUUGUCUUUGGACAUACAGGAAAGUGAGUAUUUGUGCAAUGAAGAAACAGAGAUCAAAGAGGCUCAGAGCUAUCAGGACUCUCCAGUAAGCACUGCAACCAAUCAGGAUGCAGGUUAUGGGUCACCAUUCAGUGAAAACAGUGACCAGGUAGCCCAUUUCAAAAACUCUUCAUCUAAAGAAGAGAAAGAGGAUCCUCAGUCAACAGACAGUGCACCCUACCCACAAGACAGUUUGGCACAAAUAAAAGCUGUGUAUGCAAACUUACUCUCUGAAUCCUGUUGGUCUAGUCUAGCCUUGGAUUUAAAGAAAUCCGGUUCGACAACCAGCAACAAUGAAUCCAGCCAGAAUGAGAGCACCACCACUACCACCCCCACCUCUACCACAACCACCAGUACCAGUGCCAGCACCCACAGCACCAGUACCAGUACCCAUACAAGUACGGGCACCAGCACGAGUAGCAGCAGCAACACUGGCAACAGCAACAGUAGCAGCUCUGGGUAUGACUGGCACCAGGCAGCCCUGGCUAAAACUUUACAGCAGACUUCCUCCUAUGGACUCCUCCCAGAGCCAAGCCUUUUUAGCACGGUACAGCUUUAUCGGCAGAACAACAAACUGUAUGGAUCGGUAUUCACGGGUGCUAGUAAAUUCCGAUGCAAAGACUGCAGCGCUGCCUAUGAUACCCUGGUGGAGCUCACAGUGCACAUGAACGAGACCGGACACUACCGUGAUGACAACAGAGAUAAGGACUCAGAAAAGACCAAGAGAUGGUCCAAGCCCAGGAAGCGAUCGCUGAUGGAGAUGGAGGGCAAGGAAGAUGCCCAGAAAGUACUGAAAUGUAUGUACUGUGGGCAUUCCUUUGAAUCUUUGCAAGACCUGAGUGUCCACAUGAUAAAAACAAAGCAUUACCAGAAAGUGCCUCUGAAGGAACCAGUGCCGGCCAUCACCAAGCUGGUCCCUUCUACCAAAAAACGAGCACUUCAGGACUUGGCUUCGCCUUGUUCACCUGAGCCAACAGGGAUUGCGGCAGAAGUGGCGCUGACAGAAUCGGGGAAAGAUCAGAAAACUGCAAACCCGUAUGUGACGCCGAAUAAUCGUUAUGGCUACCAGAAUGGUGCUAGCUACACUUGGCAGUUUGAGGCUCGCAAAGCCCAGAUCCUGAAAUGCAUGGAGUGUGGCAGUUCCCAUGAUACCUUGCAGCAGCUGACUGCCCACAUGAUGGUCACUGGCCAUUUUUUGAAAGUGACAACCUCAGCCUCCAAGAAAGGAAAACAGCUAGUGUUAGAUCCUGUGGUCGAAGAAAAGAUUCAAUCUAUACCCUUGCCACCCACCACACAUACCCGGCUACCUGCUUCCAAUAUUAAAAAGCAGCCCGACUCUCCUGCAGGAUCGACAACUUCUGAAGAGAAGAAGGAGCCAGAAAAGGAGAAAGUCCCCCCUGCCAGUGAAGCAGAUAAGAAGAUUAAAGAGGAGAAUGAGGACUCCUCGGAAAAAUUUGAGACAACCACUGUUUAUCAGUACCUGCGAGAGGAGGACUUGGAUGAUAGCCCUAAGGGUGGGAUCGAUAUAUUAAAAUCUCUAGAGAACACAGUGACCACUGCUAUCAGCAAGGCUCAGAAUGGAGCACCCUCCUGGGGAGGAUACCCUAGCAUCCACGCCGCCUACCAGCUCCCAGGAACAGUGAAACCUCUUCAGCCCGCUGUACAGAGUGUGCAAAUGCAACCCUCCUAUGCCAGCAGUGUCAAGUCCCUAUCUUCAGAGCACAAUGCACUAGUCCAUUCUCCGGGUAGUCUCACCCCCCCACUUCAUAAAAGCAAUGUGUCUGCUAUGGAGGAAUUGGUGGAAAAGGUGACAGGUAAAAUCAGUGUGAAGAAGGAGGAGAAACCGGUGGAAAAGGAGAAGAGUUCUCCACCUAAGCCCACAUCUCCUGUCGCGAAAGAGAAUAAGGAUUUCCCCAAAUCCGAGGAAGUUAACAAACCACAGCAGAAGAAGAGUCCUGAUGCGGACCUGCAGAAGGCCAAAAAGGACAGUCCAGCAGAAGCUCAUACCCCCAAUGGUACGGAGCCUCUCAAAGUAAAAGUCACCAAUGGCUGUAAUAAUCUUGGGAUUAUCACAGAUCAUUCACCUGAGCCAUCUUUCAUUAACCCACUGAGUGCUUUACAAUCCAUUAUGAAUACCCACUUGGGCAAAGUUUCUAAACCUGUCAGCCCUUCUUUAGACCCCCUGGCAAUGCUGUAUAAAAUUAGCAACAGUAUGUUGGACAAGCCUAUCUACCCUGCCACCCCCGUCAAACAGGCUGAUGCCAUCGACCGGUACUACUAUGAAAACAGCGACCAGCCCAUUGACUUGACCAAGUCCAAAAACAAACCCCUCGUUUCCAGCGUAGCUGACUCCGUCUCGUCGCCCCUUCGGGAAAGUGCACUGAUGGACAUCUCUGACAUGGUGAAGAACCUCACGGGUCGCCUGACGCCCAAGUCUUCGACCCCUUCCACGGUGUCCGAGAAAUCCGACGCUGAUGGGAGCAGCUUCGAGGAGGCUUUGGAUGAACUGUCCCCCGUCCACAAGAGGAAGGGGCGGCAGUCUAACUGGAACCCUCAGCAUUUGUUGAUCCUUCAAGCUCAGUUCGCCUCCAGCUUACGAGAGACUCCCGAAGGGAAAUAUAUUAUGUCAGACUUGGGUCCACAGGAACGGGUGCACAUCUCUAAGUUUACUGGUCUUUCCAUGACCACCAUUAGCCAUUGGCUGGCCAAUGUGAAGUAUCAGUUAAGGAGGACAGGUGGAACUAAAUUCCUAAAGAACCUAGACACGGGGCAUCCUGUUUUCUUUUGCAAUGAUUGUGCCUCUCAAUUCAGGACUGCUUCUACAUACAUAAGUCAUCUAGAGACACACUUGGGCUUUAGCUUGAAGGAUCUGUCCAAGUUGCCACUCACUCAGAUUCAAGAACAGCAGAAUGUUUCAAAAGUCCUCUCAAACAAAACUUUGGGCACACUGGGAGUUGCUGAGGAGGACUUGGGCUCCACAUUCCAGUGUAAGCUCUGUAACCGGACUUUUGCAAGCAAACAUGCAGUCAAACUGCACCUUAGUAAAACACAUGGCAAAUCCCCUGAGGACCACCUGAUCUAUGUAACUGAAUUAGAAAAACAAUAGUGUCCAGGUAUGCAAGUGACCAUGGGAACAUUGCACUAAAACUUCUGAAUAGUACUGCACUAGGCCUGAUCUGAGCCUCUGAAAUCAGUCUUACUUUUGUUGUUGAACUGCCUAUCUGGACCUUGGUUUUUCUUACACAUAUUUUGUAGUUCUAUUUAUAUGCUCUUUGUCUGAUCUGUGCAUGUUUGUUUUUUUUUGUUUUUUUUUUGGUUGGGUUUUUUUUUUGGUGAGUCAAAGUCUGACCUUUAUUUUCAACAUCUGUUCUUGAUGUUAAGCUAUCUUUUGUAGGAUAUAGUGGGACACACUAUUCAGAGACAUUAAUUUAGCCGUAAAGAAAGACACAAAUAACAAUGAUAAAAAAGACAUCCUAAAAUUACAAAGUUGCCAUGACAAUAAAGGUCAUAGAACCUAGUAAUGUCAAAUUUAACCCUUUGAGGACUGUAAUAGCAUUUCUGUGCCUUUUCCAAAAAAAAAAAAGGCUUAAAGGCAUAUUUCAUUCAGAUCAAAAGCUGUGUCAGACACAAAACUUAUUUAAUAAUUAAAAAAAAACUAAUAAGCUUUUUUAUUCAGAACUGGUUUGUGAAGAAAACAUGCAUGCAGCUGUUGGAAGAUAGAAAGCUAUCUAGUACUCAUGGGGUUAGGAAGCUACAACUGUACAAGUUUAAACAAAAAUCAGACCCUAGUUGCCACUAUGCCCAAACCCUCUGGAUGCUGAAAAAUGCCACUUUUGGCAAAAAAAAAAAAUAAAGUAUGCAAGCUGUUAUUUAAAAAAAUGUGUAAAAAUGCUAUUUCUUUUUUCCUGUAAAAUACUGCAGUUUAUAGUUAUUUACAAAUGUAAGCUUUGGUACAAGCUGACCUUUCUAUAGCGUGCUGCAUUGGUAAAUGAAAAAAAAAAACCUGGGGCAAAUGUUGGAGUCUUUUCCUUGUAAAUUGCCAGCAUCAGCUUAAACUACUACAUGUUACAUAUCGUACCAUUUUAAACUGUUCAACUUUCUUUGUACCUUCUGGCUGUAUGCUUUUCUCUUUUAACUUUUUAUAUUGUCAUUUUAUAUUCAAUUUCUGUGUAUAUAAUGUAAAACCACAAUUUUUGAAUAAAAUUUAGUUCCUGCAGCUUGAUUUAAAGAGAGAAAUUUUACUGGCACCUGCAUCUUUCCAGAUGCAUGUUCUUAAAGGGACUAUCAGACAAAAAUAAAUAAAAUAAAGCAAGCAAUGCACUAUUAAUUAUACAUUUUGAUGUUCUAUCAUUAAUAUUGUACAGUACAUUUUGGUUCACACAAUUAAAUCCACUUGUUUCUCAAAUGUAAAAUAAACCCACAUACAGUUCUUGAUUUA